CUUUCAGACAGCCGAACAAUCUUCCGUCAAGGUGGGAUUUCCUCCGGCUAAGCUUAGUUAAAUUUAUAUUUGUUUAUAAACAAGAUCGUCACUUAGUGUUUCUGCCGGGAGAUAGCCUUCAUGGUCGGGUUCAAACGAGAUAGAUUGUCAGUCAUACCGGGAACGGCAAUCAGUGAGGAUGCGAAGUUUAAUCUCUCAGUUGAUAAUAUGUGCCCUGUUCGUCAUAGAGACGCACCAAUUGCUUCCGAUUUGGGGUGUUGUGACAAAUUGUACCAUUCCAAAUGAGUCCGAAAUGGGCGAGUGCGAACUUCCCGCGGAUUGUCCGGCUUUUCAAGACAUUAACGAUGUGAACAGCAUUGGAAAUGUGAGCCGGUUGAGUUUCGUGAGUCAACUUCAGUGUUCGGGGUUGGCAGACGGGAAGAUUUGCUGCCCCCGAAGAGGAUCGUACGCCAAUCCGUGGAUAAGCAUGACAAAUAUAACGAAGAGAGUGCGGAAUAAGCCCGUUUCAGUGAGUCAACGAGUUGGGAUCCGUGUUGAAGUUCCAUGUGGCGAACCGGACUACGAAGUGCAGGUCAAUAGCGGGGAAAUUGCCAAAAUUGACGACUUUCCUUGGAUGGCUAUGUUGAUCUACGAAAAAGCAAUGAAUCCUGUGACUCCCGGUUGCGGAGGGGCGUUGAUCAGUAGAUCUUUUGUCAUUACGGCAGCACACUGCUUAACGGGACCUAUCGUACACAAGAAAGGCGCCUUGAAGAUUGUCCGCGUAGGCGAGUACGACAUUCACAAUGAUCCGGACUGCGUUGUAGAUGGUCAAUACGCCGACUGCACUGAUGGAAUAAUAGAUGUGAAGCCAAAACGCAUCAUCGUUCACCCGGACUACAAAGCGGACAGCGUUAGUCAACAUCAUGAUAUUGGUCUGAUUGAGUUGGAUCAACCGGUCGAGUUUACAACUUUCAUCCGCCACAUUUGCUUGCCAGACAAGGGCAGUGGAAAAAUAGCUACCAAGUUUAGCGUUUGCGGUUGGGGUCGAACGGACUUCUUCAGCAGAGGCAAAGGCACUAAUGUUCCAAGUCCGAUAAAAUUGAAAACGUCACUUCCUUACUUCGACCACGGAAAAUGCUCGGAAAUCUAUCAACAACAACGGCUUCAGCUGAUCAACGGGCAAAUUUGCGCAGGAGGGCGCAAUGCUCGUGAUACCUGCUCCGGAGACAGCGGAUCUCCGUUGAUGUCCUUCGACACGAAGAAAGCAGCUUGGAUCUUAUCUGGAUUGGUAAGUAUGGGUCCACAAAAUUGUGGAACUGUUGGCAAACCGGGAAUUUACACCAAUGUCAACGAAUAUGUGCCAUGGAUAAAAUCAAAUGCUCAUUUGUAGUACUUUAUAUUUAUUUAGUGCAAAACAAUAAAUGAAAUAAGGUAUAAACCA